UCGCCCCCAUUCCCUCUCUGUUGGGAUCGAAGUUCCAAAUUCCAAUACACUGACCUCGUAGCUCUGUGACUCUGUCGCUGCCUGAAAAUGACGACUGUAGCUCGCAUCUCCAGAAGGGCUUUCGCGAAUGCACUCUCGCAGCACCACCACAACGUUAUUCACCGCUCUCUUGCAACCGCUGCGGCUGCCGUUCAGGCAAUAGACGAGCCUCAAAAAAAGGCGAUAACGCCAUCCCUGGAUCGAGUGAAGUGGGACUACAGAGGGCAGAGACAGAUAAUUCCCUUGGGCCAAUGGCUUCCUAAGAUCGCCGUGGAUGCUUACGUAGCCCCCAACGUUGUCCUGGCCGGGCAGGUCACGGUGUGGGACGCAGCUUCUGUCUGGAGCGGGUCGGUCCUCCGUGGCGAUCUUAACAAGAUCUCUGUCGGUUUCUCCUCCAACGUUCAAGAACGCUGCGUGAUUCACGCUGCCUGGUCAUCACCCACAGGGUUGCCGGCAGAGACAUUGAUCGAGCGGUAUGUGACAAUUGGUGCAAACUGUCUCUUGCGUUCCUGCACCAUUGAGCCAGAGUGUAUUAUUGGGCAGCGUUCCAUACUUAUGGAAGGCUCUUUGGUGGAGACACGCUCAAUCCUUGAAGCUGGGUCCGUGGUUCCCCCGGGAAGGAGAAUUCCAACUGGUGAACUUUGGGCAGGAAAUCCAGCAAAAUUUGUCAGGGCUCUGACCAAUGAUGAGAUCUUAGAAAUCCCUAAACUUGCCGUUGCUGUAACUGAUUUGAGCCGAAGCUAUUACUCAGAGUUUCUUCCUUACUCCACAGUCUAUUUAGAGGUCGAGAAGUUCAAGAAAUCAUUGGGGAUUUCUAUUUGAUUAUUUUGUUGUGAUGUUCAAAUGUACGUAUCAGUUGGUUGGAUCUUACCUCUCAAGGAAAGAAAUAAAUGGCUCUGGAGUCUGGAACAUGAGUAAGCUUGUGUUUCUUAUUCUGUAAUUGAUUUCACUUGUUGCUGAAAGAACUUUUUUGUUAGUGUAAUCAAAUGAACUAUAUAGUAGUGCUGCCGCACUCACUAUGAGAUCUUCAUGGUUCAUA